CGUUCUCCUUUCUAAGUAAUUCAGCUGUCUGAUUACUUUGUCGUAGUCAAAUGUAUUUGGAUGUUUUUCAAAUAGCUUCAGUCUGAUUUGCCAAACCCGUGUUUUGUGUCUGCGAAGACUGGAUGUGGAGCUUUCUGAGCAGAUAUUGGCCAUCAGAGUAUUUUGUUCCCCUAACUAAACCAGCAUAAUGACCACCUCCACUAUGACGAAUUCUACUACAUCCAGAGUAAACUCCUUGGUCAAAAUAUUUGAUCCGUGUGCUUUACAAAACCAAGGGCCUGCUAAUGAAGUGGAAACCACCCAAAUUCCUCUUGCUGCAAGCAAACCUCUCAGCUCCUCUGAAAGUUUUAAUACCUUGGAUGUGAAGUUUGCCUCCCUUGGUCAGAAAAUAGAUAAGUUGUUGAUUGUGCAGGACAAUGUCCUUCAGACGCUAAACAGUGUUUCCCAGGAAAUGUGUUGCAUUGAAAAAGACAUUCAGAUGUUAAAGGCAAAAGCAACUGAGCCUGGACCCACAGAAACAAAUGAAAAGCUAAAUAAUUCUGAAAUGAAGGGGCUGUGCAUAGAAAUGACUAAUACCCUUUCUGAUAUGAACAAGAGUGCAGAGCAGCAAACUAAAAGAUUAGAUGGAAUGGAACAAAUAGUGCUGGGUUUGCAGGAGCUUAUAGGGUUUUUGGCUGAGAAGUUUAAAACUUGUAAAAUUGCUGAUUUAAUUCUCAAAAACAAAGCUUCGCCUAAGCUUAUCAAGGUUGGUGGUUACUUAAAGAAAUAUAAAGUUGGAAACAAUUUCAGGAUGCAGACUUUCUCAGAGAAAAGGGAUACGGGACUGACCAGCAAUGGAAACAAACAGGCUUUCGAGGAUCAGAAAGAAAAGGAGAAGUCAUGUUUAAGUGCAAAGGGGACAUCAUCUAUACAAAAGAAGAAACCUCCUGAUUCCACAGAGAUGACCAACCAGGAAAACCAGUCCUGGUCUCACAAAGAAACAAUCCAUGUGCUUAAUAAGGAAAAUACUGAAAAGGCAAGUGCUUUUUGGGGUCAAAGGAAUUCUCCCAAAUCUCAAGGACCAAAGGAUAAGAAAGAGGGUUUAGCUUUGGAAAACCAGAAGAAACACACAACAAGCUCUGUUCAAACAUCCUUCAGUACAGGAAAGAGCCAAAGAGCAAAGGAUGCUGUUGAUUACCAUGGCCAAAGGAUAAAAGGGCAAGAUAAAGAGAAGGAAAGUGAAUCACUGGAAAGUGUGAAGAGGGCUUGUAGACAGAAAGUGCCAGAAAGGCAAGAGGAGGAAAAAGAAGAAGAAGAUGCUGGCCAGUGCAGAGAAGAGAAGGAAGAAUCAGUAACUUUAUCCCAAAAUAAAGAUGAGGCAGAGGAUGAUGAGGGUCCACCAGAAAGCCAUGGACAAGAUGCACGGCUUCAAAGAUAUAAAGACAGCGAAGAAGGCACAGCAAGCAAACCAUCAGGGACGUUCUCCCAGAGUUCUGAACAGACCAGCCAGCUUGAGCAUAGUGGCAGCAUGGACGGCUCUGCUCUCUCAGCACCAUUUGAUCACCGGAUUGUCUCAGCAAAAAAGGCAGUGAUCAACAGCUUUUAUUAUGUCAACAGAAAUGAAGUUCUAGGAGGAGGGCGAUUUGGUCAGGUGCACAAAUGUGAAGAAAAAGCAACAGGUCUCAAGUUAGCAGCAAAAAUUAUAAAAGCCAGAGGUGCUAAAGAAAAGGAAGAAGCAAAGAAUGAAAUCAAUGUUAUGAACCAGUUGAACCAUGUGAACCUUAUCCAACUGUAUGAUGCCUUUGAAUCUAAAAAUGACAUUGUUCUGGUCAUGGAAUAUGUGGAUGGAGGAGAAUUAUUUGACCGAAUUAUUGAUGAAAAUUAUAAUUUGACAGAGAUGGAUACCAUCUUGUUCACAAAACAGAUCUGUGAAGGGAUUCAAUACAUGCAUCAGAUGUACAUUCUGCAUUUAGAUUUGAAGCCUGAAAAUAUCCUGUGUGUGAAUCGAGUUGCUAACAAAAUAAAAAUUAUUGAUUUUGGAUUAGCAAGAAGAUAUAAACCCAGAGAAAAACUUAAAGUGAACUUUGGCACUCCGGAAUUCCUUGCUCCUGAAGUGGUGAACUAUGACUUUGUCUCUUUUCCCACUGACAUGUGGAGCGUAGGAGUCAUUGCCUACAUGCUACUCAGUGGAUUGUCUCCUUUUCUGGGUGACGAUGACAAUGAGACUCUCAACAAUAUCUUGGCUUGCAGCUGGGAUUUAGAAAAUGAGGAAUUUCAAGAUGUUUCUGAAGAAGCCAAAGACUUCCUCUCAAAGCUUCUAAUCAAGGAAAAAAGCUGGAGAAUGAGUGCAACUGCAGCCUUAAAACAUCCUUGGUUAUCAGACCGCAAACUCCUUUGCAGACUACCCAAUCAGAGGAAGAUGAAGUGCUGCUCAGAGUCUCAAGCAUCCAUGGCUCAAUAACCUUUCCAAGAAAGCUGCCAAAUGGAAGAAAAGCUGCUGUGUGGUUACUGCUGGUAUGAGAUUUGGAGAUAUCAGCAGUUCUGGUGCUUUGACCUUGUGAUGACUUGAGGCUUUUUACUAAGUGGACCAACACCACUUCAGCUGCAGGAAAAGUCCCAGCAUUACUGACCUACUUGAUUCAGCUUUCAAAAGAGGAAAACAACUGCUGUAGUUCACAGGAAGGUGUCUGUCUGCCAGAACACCAUGUAACUUGUGUCUGUAAUUGCUAUGCUAGUUUGAGAUCAGGCUAUCAUCUGUCUUGUCUUUGCUUUUUUGAUUUCACUAUUGAGGGAGGGAUCUUUGGGGUUUAAAUAACAUUUGUUCUUUCUCAUCUCAGCCCAGCAAGCAGAAGAUCACAGCAUUACAAGGAUAGUUGGGGCUGAUUUGAGAUGAAAUCCUGAAGUGGCUUUUGAAAAACAGCUGGCUGCCAAUUCUAAACUACCCUAUUAACAUUAAAGAAACUACACCAGUGUAUGAAUAGUCUCACAGACAAGCUCUCAGUGUACGUAGGAUCCCUUUCCACUACAGUAUGCUGCCCACAGAAUUGCCUUUGGUGUGUCUUAGUAUAAAUCCAAAGUGCCGUUAUUUAUUAUAAAGACAUACAGUUGUGGCUUUGAAUUUUUUCAUUAAGGAACAUAACAGUCCAGUAUAUUUUCCUUGAAAUAAUGGCAUGUCUUGUUACAAGGCAGAAAGGUAAAGGCCAACUCAAUUUGACAUUAGAAUGACAAUAAUCCCCACAAAAUGUCUGACGUAUCUUUGCCCUCAUGAAGUGAUGCUUGUAUAUAAAAUUUCAAGGAAAGAGUCAGAUGCAUACAUUUAUUGGACAGCGUGAAUGUGACAUCUGUGACAGCCAAAUUACAGAAAUCCAGUUUUGUCUAGAGUUCAAAAGGUGCGAGGUGGAUAUGUCUGUGCACGUGCGCACUCCUCCCAGUCAAUAGGACUAAUAUUUAGGCCCUUGAAAAGGAUUAGAAACUUUACCUUAUAGUAGUAGUGGCAAAGAGCUCAAUCUGUUUAGCCUAAAGAGAAAGGUCACUUGGUUACAGUCUGUAAGUAUCUAUUUGGAGAACAAAUGUUUAAUAGUGAGCUCUUAGAAAAACAGAAAAAGGUAUAAGGCAGGCCAGUGCCUGGAAGUUGAAACUAGAUAAAUUCAGAUGGGAAGUGAGGCAUCAUUUUAACAGUGGGGCUAACAGCCUUGCUGGGCCCUUAGGCACAGUGGAGGGCUGGCUCUGCACUUCCAGAGGGCCAGGGCUUUAGGAAGAAGGGACAGGGCUGAGGGCACUCCAGCAGCAAUUUAAAGGGGCUGGAGCUCCAGCUGCCGCUGCAGUAGCAGCAGCCAGGAGCCCCAGGCACUUCUGAAUGACUGGGCCCUGGAGCAACUGCCCUUUUGUCCCCUGACUGAGGGUAAUUAACCAUUAGAACAAUUUACCGGGGAUCAUACUGGAUUCUUCAUCACUUUGACCAUUUUAAAAUCAUGAUUGGAUGUUUUUCUAAACAUCUGCUCUAGGAAUUGUUCUGGGGAUAUUCUCUGUCCUGCACUAUCUAGGAAGCCAGACUAGAUGAUCAGAACGUCUCCUUCCAGAUAGAUCUGAAUCUGUCUUCAUACCUAGUCCUAACUCAAAUCAGUUCCCACUGUGUGGUAUCAAUUGGAGUUUGUCUUUAAAAGUUCUGAAUAAAAGGGAAAGCAGGAUUUGGCCUGCCAGCUGUUUAUUGUCUGUUACCUUUCUCCUUUUUGUCUAUGCUAAAUAAGAGUGAUAGCUACUCGAAUGCCUUCCUGCAAAGCUAGAAUUUAUGUGAUGUGGUGCUGUUCUGAGUAAUGCAAGAUCCUUGAUACUGUUCACAGUUUGUAUGAGAACUCUGUGAUCAGACUAAAAGCAGCAGACUUACAUUGGAAUGAUGAAAUUUUACUUACACCGUUCUGAGUUCAGAGCCAGUAUUUUGUUGUUUUUUCUUUAACGGUCUUUAUGAAAAUUGCAUGUAAUUUUAUAUCAUGAUAAUUAUACUAAAAUAACCAUGUGAUUAGAGUCUUUAUAACCAGUACCUGCUUUAAUACUAAAUUCAUCUGGUGGCAUUUGGUGUUUUGGGGGAAUAAAGAAGAUACAUAUUGCUCACAAAAGCUCAUGAUUAUAUAUAUUUUAGCCCCUAAGGUGCCACAGGACUACUCAUUUUAUUAAGAGCUAGAGAAGGCCUUAAAGAAACAGACCCAUUUUAGCAGGGUGUAGACUAGGGAUUGCACUGUUCUUCUUGUAAUGAUAGGGUACUGUGGUCUCUGCUAUGCUCUUUUACAGGGAACAGAGUUCACUACCAUUAUCACCACCAUCUCAUGUGGACAUGCGCGUGCACACGCACAUAUACACACACACGCGCGACAGCUUUUGGGACCUCAAUAUUUCCCACCCUCUUUAGGGAGGCUGGUAGCAUUGUCAACAUCUGUCUAAAACAUUUUUGGAGCUUCAUAAGCCCAAGAUUUGGACUGGUUCUAGACUGCUUAAGGGUGCAAUGUUCUCUUCCUCAUUUGCUCAUGUGUGCAGGGCCAGAUCCAGUCCCUGAUAUUGGGACUUGACCUUCACUCAGAUGCUAAAAUACAAGGUAAAGGCCAUAUUCUAAGUCUUAUCUAUGCUAGUGUUUCUUUUAAAAUGUUCUAUUAUAUUGUCAAUCAUGCACUUUCAUUUGUUAUAGCAAUGGUGCAAGCUAUGAUGUAAACAGGAUGUUAACAUCUGAUGGAAUUUUAACCAAGGGUCAUCUGAAUCGGCUAUCAGGGGAGUUAGAUUAAAUGUAUUUUAUCUCACCUGCUGUUAGUUUCAUUAGUGCUCCUACUGCUGAUAAAGCUACAUCAGCAACAGAGAACAUACAUGAAAUAUAAAGGGAAAUGAAGGGAACAUACAUGAAGGGAAAUGAUGCUGUAGCACGAAUCAAUGAUUUAAGUCAUGCAACUCAGAAAACCUGCUAUAAUAUUCAUGUGUACAAAUGGAGCAAUGGACUUAUUUAUAUUUUAUGUAUCUGCAGCGAGCAAUGUUGAAUAUUGCAGGUUAGAUGCUAGUCCAAAGCAUGGUUGCAGAUUCACAUUCAAAGACCAUAACUUCUACUGUCAUGAAUUCAACAAGAAGUUCAAGAGAUCAAAUUAUUCUUCAUUCAUAGAACUCUUAGGGACACUGUUCUGACAAAUUAGGACACAUUUUCUCUGUCCCAAGUUAUUUAUAGUCUCAUUUGCAUAUGCCAGUUUGAAUAUCAAUUGUAUGGACUUAAUUAUCCCACAGUUAUUGAACAAAAAUUUAUUUUGUAAUGGCUGGUUUUUUUUUUCAGUCUGUUAAUUGAUAUCAAUUGAUAGUACAGCUAUUGAAGGGUGGGUUGGGGGAAAUCAAUCAAUAAUAUUUUUAAAAGCCCUACUCUCAGAUUUGCAUAUUCUUCUUUUAUUAAUGUCAAUAAGAGUUGUCAAUAUUUGCAGCUAAAGGUACAAUUUGGUCCUCAGCAUAUAUAGCAUUGGGAAAAUAAUAGUACUGUUGUAGUGGUUUCACUUUGAUAAAAUAGAUUUUAUUUCUGCAGUUGAAUAUGAGAUGACGGAAAAUGUCAUCUGUACAUAAUUUUCACUAUGAUUAAUGACAUGGCUUAAAUAGCUACUAGUAAUCAUUAGCGAUUUAAAAAAAGGCGUGUCAAAAAUGUGGUUACAAAUAUUCAUUUGUUUUCUGGCUGAUUAAAUUUUUUAAAAUAUUGACACAAUUUCUUUAGUUGAGUUUUUGAAGGGACAGUUUUAUUCUUUUCAUUGCACUUUUAAUAGCAUGCUGUCUUCUUUUGUUUUUCUUUCUGGUUUGUUGGUUUCUUUAUUACAUAGUAAGUAACAACUGUAUAUGGCUAUAUUAAAUUAUUCUUUUGUUUUAAUAUGUGAUUUUUUAAAAAUUUUAUACUAGAUUAAGAAAAUGGAUUUAAAAAUCUAGCUGAGUGAGCAAGUGUCUGUUUCCUUAUUGAUGUUUUUAUUGUGUAUUGCUUUUAGAGGUUUCAUUUGGAAACUGUGAAUUCCUGUUGUUAAUAACAAGUUUGAGUGCAAAGGACAUUUUACUAGCUGUAGUUAUUACAUUCAGCUAUAUAUUCACAGAAGGGCAGAAAUGGCUGCAGCUACUGCAGUUGUAACCAGGGAACAGAAGCAUCAGUAAUAAUCUUAAGGAAAAAGAUGUCAAGAUGCAGCAUCCUGUUAUGUGAGCUCCCACAUUGUCCCAAAUCACCAAUACCUUUUCUAGGUGAAUACAUUUAAGGACCAGAUUAUUGGAACUAUGUUGGUUUAAAUCAGCUGAGGAUCUGGCUCUAGGCUUGAUUGAGGAGAGGAAAACAACACUAUUUAUGCAUGUUGACAAAUCUAGAAAUAAUAUUACAUAGUAAUUAUUAUGGGACACUAAUUAGUGGAAAGUCAUUGGGAGUUAAGGGCACUCAGUGGCUCUUAAGAGUGCUCUGUAUCUGAAAGGAUUGGCCCAAUAUGGUACUCUACAUGUUCAAAUACUGUAUGACAAAUUUUCUCUAUCUAAGCCUCAUAGUGCCAGCGUGAAUUAGAAAUUAUUUAUUUCCAUUUGUAGAUGAGGCAGAGAAAGAUAGUGACUUGCCCAUGAUGAAAGGAAAUUAGUGGCAGAGUGGGGAUUGGAACUAAAAUCAUUUGGUUUUCACUCCUAGACUCUGUCCUUUUAGGCAAGAUGCUGGUAGCUUAUCAUCUUAUUAUAUGUGGUGACUUUUAAGUGAGGAAAAUGUAUAUUGAGAUUUAGUAAAAAUAACAACCCGUAAACAUAACAUUAUAUUUAAAAAGAGCCUGUAGCCAUUUGUUUAUCACAGUGCUCAAUGACCAUGUGAUAAUCUGAAUAUUAUAACAGAAGCUGGAACUUUUUAUUAAAACAAGUGCUUUUCACAUGCUUUCUGGCAGUAGCUUCUGUAUGUUACUGAGCUGUGUUAAAUUCUGCUUUUGGUUGGACCCAUACAAUAAUAGCAGUGCAGUUUCAUGGUUCUAAAUUUGUUUCAGAAUUUGGUUCCACUUUUAUAACACCAGUAUAGAAGCAGUGUCAGAGUAAAACCAGUCCUGGUAGGCUUGAAUACCGGUUUAAUGUUUGAAAAAGGGUUUAAUAUUGCAGGAAAAUAGUUUCAUUGAAUAGAACAUGUAAUUUUGCAGUAGUUAAGCCAGUAAUAAAACAGGCUAGAAAUUGUCUUGUUUGCAGCUGUUGUUGCUUGCAUCACAAAUUAAUGAUGGUCUUUCUCAGCAACAUGAUACAUGCCUCUCCCUAGCAUCCCAAGCACUUGCAAAAUGCUAAAGAUCUGAUGAUGUUAAGGGGUGACAUAAAAACUUCUCAUUUUGUGAACCUUCAGUACAGAAUAGUGAGCAAAAUAAGUAUAAUUUUCCUUUUAACAUCAAAAGCCACAGCAGUGAUAAACUUAUACCAAUGUUCCAAACUGUGAAAACAAUUCAUUGUCGCUGCCUCCAGAAAGGAUGCUGUAUCUUUAUACAUCAUUUUGCAUAAUCAUAAAUAUAUAGCUGUGAUUAUGUCUAGUGUGAAUGAGACUUACAUUGCAUGAAUCCAUUUAGCAACAGACUGUCAAUUUCACCUUCCAUGAAGGCUUAUAGUUCAAUAACUACCUACCUAUUUAAAAUACUAGACAAAAACUGCACCAAGAUAUCUCUUUGUAAAUAUGUUGUGUUAAUUAUAUUGUUAAGUCCCUAAACUAGUGCAUGAACUUACUUAGGUGCAUUAGUGAACAUGUUUGUGUCCCAUAGAGCAACAUUUUCUAAAGUUCAACAGUAGGCAUAAUAAAGCUAGAACUUGAAAAUGUGUGGAUGCUUUUGUAAUACAUAAUUUUGGUUUUGGAAUAUGGUUUUAUAAAUGGUAUGUGUUUCAUUGUGGACAAUACAUAAAAUGUACGCAAACUAUACAUUUUAGAAUAAAUACUGA